GUUUUAAAUAAGUAUUAUUGAUUUUCUAUAAAAUAUGUUAUCGGUACUAUUCGAAUGAAUAUUUAAUUGAGUUAAGCAUUCUUUUUUGUCAGUGCAGGAGAGAGAGAUCCAAUUCUCGCUCAAAACAUUAUUGGCAUUAGUCCUUUAUUGUUCUAGAAUGAUAUCAAUAGCGCUUUGAACAUGAAUCGGAUCUUAGAUUCAGAGUGGACUUCAAAGUGAACAAAACGCAUGCUCCGAAAUGACAAGCUGUCAUUUACAUAUGUUUUAUUCAAAUAUUUGACUGUGUAUAGCAACCGCGCUUGCGCAUUCCAGCGCGAAAAAAGAAAAUUCUCUCUUUCUCUCUCUCUCGCUCGCUCUUUUUUUGACAGCUCGAAGCUGAUUUUAAUCAGAAGACGUGUCCGUAUCUGUAGUAUAAAUAUAUACUCAUAUCAUCUUAAUUUUUCAAUUCAAAAGUGAGGUGUUAAACACUUGAAUAUCUAAUCUAACAUAUACAAAUGGUCGACACCGAAAGAGAACGAAUGUUCAAGGAGUACAACGAAAUUUUGGACGACUUAAAAACGUUGUUUAUGGAGAAGUGGAAGAUAAAAUUCGACGACAACGCGAAAUCGGAUGAUUUCGAGCGUUUCCGAACAGUCGGUACCGGUGCCUUCGGCCGCGUCGUUCUCGUCAAGCACAAAACGACGUCCACGUAUCAUGCCAUGAAGAUCCUCGACAAAGGGAAACUUGUCAAGAUGAAGCAAGUGGAUCACACACGUAACGAAAAGCGGAUCCUGCAAUGCAUCAGCUUCCCUUUCAUAGUCUUCAUGGAGUUCUGCUUCAAGGACAACUCUUACGUGUACAUGGUGUUGCCGUUCGCGCAAGGCGGCGAGAUGUUCACCCACCUCAGACGUAUGGGAAAGUUCGACGAAUCGCUGGCGAGGUUCUAUGCCGCUCAAGUAGCCCUAGCCUUGGAAUAUCUGCACCACUGCUGCUUGAUCUAUCGGGACCUGAAGCCGGAGAAUAUCCUGAUACAGAAUUCCGGCUACAUCAGGAUGACCGACUUCGGCUUUUGCAAAAUGGUGGACAGCCGCACGUGGACACUGUGUGGCACCCCGGAAUAUCUGGCGCCUGAAGUGAUCCUGUCGAAGGGCUACGGCAAAGCCGUCGACUGGUGGAGCUUUGGCGUGCUGAUUUACGAGAUGAACGCGGGAUAUCCGCCUUUCUACGGGCACGACCCCAUGAAGAUCUACGAGAGGAUCGUCGCGGGCAAAUACAAGUUCGCGCAUCACUUUGGCGAGGAGCUGAAGGACAUACUGACGAACGUCCUGCAAGUGGACCUAACGAGAAGGUAUGGCAAUCUGAAAGACGGCAGUAUGGACAUCAAAAGACACCAGUGGUUCCAAUCUAUCGACUGGGUCGAGAUUUAUUAUCAGAGGGUGCAGCCCAGCUUCAUUCCUCAUUGCAGUAACAGCGGUGACACUAGCAAUUUCGAUCAUUACGACGAAAUACCGCUUGACGUCUCCUCUUUUGAUCAGUAUGGUAAAGAAUUCGCAAAUUUUUAGAAAUAACGCUGACAAAUCAAUAUAAAAAAUUAGAGAUUAAAGAUGUGUAUGUGUGUGUGUGUGUGUGUGUGUGAUUAUUACACUGUGCUAGAGAAAAUAUCUUUAACCGAAAUUUGAAUUAAAAUUAGUUUACGAUGACAAUAAUUAAACAAUAAUAUUUUUUAAGCACACAUAUGAAAGCAGUACUUCAUGUAACAUUUCUAUUCACAUAAAUGUCUUUUGUGUAAAUUGUGAUUAAUUGUAUACAAGAGUGAUAUUUAACUGUAAGACACUACUUUCUUGCGAUGAACAAAUAAACUUGUUCUUUAUUCUAAUAGAAUUUCUGAUAGUAUUCUAUUUAAUUAAUUUAAUUCUAUUCUCAUAUGCUAUAAGUUCAUUGUAUAUGUAUUAUUAUCGAUGGUAUACAACAAUUUUAUUAGUAUAUAAUAAUUCUUAACGAUUAAUUCUUAAUAUCU